GUGCCCGGCAGUGGACAUCUGGGCGACAGCAUUAACGCGAUUCCGUUUGCGCGGCCAAAGUCGCCGGGUCCUGGAUCUCCGCAUCUGGCAAACAAUGUUUUGCCUUCGUUCUUGAUGGGCAAUGCCCAGGUGUCAAAGUCGCCUGCUCAGCCAGGCUCACCAGGCUCGUUCUUUGGCGGACUUGGAACGAGUCAGCCUACUGCCCUUGCUAGCAGCGGGUCGACCCCUGCGCCGCAGCCCACGAUGAUUUCGCCGCGCUCGACACGCCGGCUCAGCGGAUUCGGAUCCAACGACAUGCUCUCUGGCGCCUACAAGUCUCGCAAAGACAGCGCAAAGGAAGCGGCGCCGCCGGAAGAUGCGCCGCCAGUAAUAAUGCUUGAUGAUGUGGACUGGAGUGGCACCGCGCAGGCCAAGGUCAAGGCGCUGGCACGGCACAAGGAUGAGGCACCUGCAGCGAAGAGCACGGGGCGCGAAGAGCCAGAGAUUGCCGAGGCGCCUAGUGCUGACGGACCAGUUACCAACGAGCAGCUGUACGAUAACCUCACGAUUCGGUCGGUGAUGGUGCUUGACCUGCCCAAUAACACCGAGUACGGCGUUUACAACUCGUUCCGCGAGUAUGGCCGGAUCAUGUCAUUCACGGUGGUGCCGCAGGGCAAGACCAGCACGCUAGCGCUGCUAUACUCGGAGCCAUGGCAGGCUCAGCGCGUGGUUUCGCUAGCCGACUGCGAGGGAAAGCUGCGUGUGGGACCCAAGCGUAAAGUGCGCAUUGACUGGGCGAAUGCAGAGUGCGUGGAUCACUUGUUCAUGAAGCUGUACCCAGACCGCCAGCUGCCCUUUGAAGACGAUGCGCUGCCUCCCAACAGCACCGAUGAGGGGUCGCUAUCACUAACUCAGCGACUGCAGAUGCAGACGCCUCGUGCUCGGAGAGCCGCGCGGAUGGCAUCCAUUAUGAACGGACUCGAAGUAGCUCCGAGAAGGCUGGCACAUGUGGCCAGUGCAUCUGUGGUCAGGCAGCCGCCCCCGCCAAAGCCGCGAAACGGAGUAUUUCAGACUGCCUUGGAUCUCAUAUUCGGCUGGUAGACAUGGCCAUCCGGGCGGUCUCUUUUGCUCAGCUUGCUUUUCCAUGUAACCUAGCCCGCUCAGUAGUGGUCCAAGAUUAUAAAACCCGCAGCUUAAAACUUUUAUCACUGAUAUCCGUAGCACAUAGCCAUGUGGUACUCUUGUAGCACGUGCAGAACUAGACUUCGUUUAUUGUUCUGCUGGAUGUCUAUUGGCCUGCCAUAUGAUCGGCUCAUGUAUGCGGUGUUUAGAUAUCCUCGAUCCGCACCAUGCUAUUGAUGCCCAAGCGGUCAUAGUGGUGAAAUAAGAUGUAUGACAAACACGCA